AUUCCCAAUGGGGGAAGGGAAAUUCCCAAUGGAGGGGAAAUGGGAAAUUCCCAGUGGGGAAGGCGCAAAGGUGAGCAGGGCAGAAUUCCCAAGGGAUUUGGGACCCACCUGGGCUGCAGGUGAGGGCAGGAGCUGCUCCCCACCAGGAGCUGGAUCCCACAAAUCACUGGGAUUCAAUGGAUCAUCGGGAUCAAGAUACCACGGAUCCCACAAAUCACCAGGAUCUGGAUCCAGUGGAUCCCACAAAUCACCAGGAUCUGGAUCCCAUGGAUCCUACAAAUCACCAGGAUAUGGAUCCAGUGGAUCCCACAAAUCACCAGGAUCCAAUGGAUCAUCGGGAUCAAGAUCCCAUGGAUCCCACAAAUCACCAGGACCUGGAUCCAGUGGAUCCCACAAAUCCCCGGGACCUGGAUCCAGUGGAUCCCACAAACCCCCGGGAUCCGGAUCCAGUGGAUCCCACAAAUCACCAGGAUCUGGAUCCCAUGGAUCCCACAAACCCCCAGGAUCUGGAUCCAGUGGAUCACACAAAUCCCCAGGAUCUGGAUCCAGUGGAUCCCACAAAUCACCAGGACCUGGAUCCAGUGGAUCCCAUGGAUCUCCGGGAUCAGCUGGACGAGCUGGACGAGCUGGAUGCAGAAAUCCUGGGAAUGGCCAGAGCCGGGUCCAGAGCGGGGAGAUGCAGCGGGAAGGGGCCGGGCCCCCAAAAAGCCCCUCCCCGUGCCGAUGUCACCUUUGGGGACGACGUCGAUGACCUGAUGGAUUCCCUGGGGCUCGGCAGCGACGGAGCCGGGAGCGCGCCGGGAACGCCGCGGGGCCAGGGGCUCCAGAGGGGCCGCACCGGGACCCAGGAGCAGCCGGGAAAGGCGGAACUGGAACCGCAGAGGGAGAACCAGGGGCAGGAGCAGCCAGGGCCGGGAUUUCCCUUCGGAUCCUACGAGCCCUCAGUGGCCUCGGGGACCGGGCGGAGACGGGGACGGAGGUGCUCAGUUGGGAGCAGCUCCCGACGUCCCUCCGGGGCCGAUUGGCUGGGGCUGAAGGACGAGGAUUUCCUGGGGCUGGGGGACAACGAUUUCCUGGGAAUGGGACAGAAGGACAAGGAUCCCACAGGAAUGGGACAGAAGGACAAGGAUUCCAUGGGAAUGGGACAGAAGGACAAGGAUCCCACAGGAGUGGAACUGAAGGAUGAGGAUUUCCUGGGAUUGGGAUCAAAGGACAAAAACUUCCUUGGAUUGGGACAGAGGAACAAGGAUUCCACUGGAUUGGGACAGAAGGACGAGGAUUUCCAGGGAUUGGGAUCAAAGGACGAGGAUCACCCAGGACUGAGAUUGAAGAACAAGGAUUUCCUUGGAUUGGGAUCGAAGGACGAGGAUCCCUCAGGAGUGGGACAGAAGGACGAGGAUUUCCCAAGACUGGGAUCAAAGGACAAAGAUCCUCUAGGAUUUGGAUCGAGGGACAAGGAUUUCCUUGGAUUGGGACAGAAGAACAAGGAUCUCUCAGGAUCGGGAUCAAAGGACGAGGAUUUCCCAGGAUUGGGCGACAAAGAUUUCCUUGGAUUUGGAUCGAAGGACGAGGAUUUCCCAAGAUUGGGAUCAAAGGACAAGGAUCCCUCAGGAUUGGGACGGAAGAGCAAGGAUCCCACAGGACUACGGGACAAGGAUUUCCCAGGACUGGGACAGAAGGACAAAGAUCCCUCAGGACUGGGAUCAAAGGACGAGGAUCCUCCGGGAUUGAGAUCGAGGAACAAGGAUUUCCUUGGACUGGGAUCAAAGGAAAAGGAUUUCCUGGGAUCAGGACAGAAGGACAAGGAUCCCACAGGACUGGGACAGAAGAACAAAGAUCCCUCAGAAUUGGGAUCGAAGGAAAAGGAUUUCCCAGGAUUGGGACACCAGGAUGAGGAUUUCCCGGGACCGAAGGCCGAGGACCCCCCGGGCCCCGGUGCCCCCGGAUCCCUGUGGAAUUCCCACCCCUGGAGGGUCCCGGAGCCCCCCGAGCCCAGCAGGCUGGAGCUCCCCCUCGGGCAGGUGGCACCAGGUGACACGGCACAGGUGGCACAGGUAUCAGCAGGUGACACGGCACAGGUCACACGGAUGUCACAGGCGACAGCAGCCGUGCAGGAGGUGCCGGGUCAUGCCACGCCCGCCCAGGAGGAUCUGGUGUGGGAUCCAGCCCCGUCCCGCCCGGAGAAUCCCCGAGCUCUCCCGUCCUGGCUCUGCCCAGAGCUUCCCGCAGCGUUCCCAGCCCGGAGGCACCAGGCGAAUCUGGGAUCCUCCCCAUCCCAACAACGCCAGGACCAUCCCGGCUGUGGGGUCGCCCUGCAGACCCUCCAAGCCCGGCUAGAGGAGCUGGAGAACCAGGUGCGGGCGCUGGAGCUGGAGCGGGCACGGUGGUGGGGACAGGUCCUGCAGGAGCUCCCGGAGAGCUGCCCCAGAUCACAGGACCACGCCAGAUCCCAGAACCACCCCACAACUCAGGAUCACCCCAGACCCCAGGACCACCCCAGACCCCAGGAGCAGGACAAGCAGCUCUCAGAGCUCCAGGCCAGGCUGUGCCGGCAGCAGCGGGAUGCGGAGCGGGAGCAGAGCCAGCUCCAGGAGGCCGUGGCUGACCUGGAGACCAGGCUGGGGGAGCGGGAGCAGCUCCUGGAGCUGGAGCGCCGUCGCGCCGCGGCCGAGCGCAGCCGUGCGGAUUCCCUGCGGGAGGCGCUGGAGGAGCAGCGCCGGCUCUCGGCUCAGCUGCUGGCCAUGGAGAGGGCGGCGCUGGACGAGGCCAAGGCAGCGUGCCUGGAGGAGCAGCGGGCGGAGCUCCGGGAGCGCUCCGAGGAGCGGCGGCGCCUGGCGGCCGCGUGGGCCGAGCUCCGGCAGCGGGAGCGGCUGGGCCGGGAGCGGGACGAGCAGCACCGGGAGCGCGCCCUGAGCCUGGACGCGGCGCUGAGGAGCCUGGCCAAGGAUCAGGCAGAGCUGAAGUUGCGGAGCAGGGAGCUGAGAUCCAAGGAGGAGCAGCUCGCCAGGGACAGGGAGGAGCUGGAGGAGGCCUGGAGGGAGCUGAGGCUGGAGAAGGAGAAGGUUCUGAGGGCUGAGCAGCGGCUGCAGGAGCGGGAGGAGGAGAUCCGUGAGCUGGCCGAGCGCUCAGCGCAGCAGCAGCAGGACGGGCAGCGGGCGCUGCGGGAGUCUCGCAGGACGCAGCAGGAGCAGCGGCAGCGGCUGCAGGAGCUGCAGGAGCAGCAGGAGCGGCUGCGGCAGCAGGAGCAGCGCCUUACACAGGCAAAUGCCCCCUCAUUCCCUGGAAAUCACCCUGGAAAAUCCCCCCUCCUUCCCUGAAAAUCCCCUCAGA